AUGCACUAUGGGUUGACACGACAGCAAGUGCGUGAAUUAGCAUUUGAAUAUGCAAAUCGCAAUGAUAAAGUAUUUCCGGAGUCUUGGAGGCAGAACAGACGUGCUGGUGAAGAUUGGUUUGCUGGGUAUAUGAAAAGGUAUCCUAACCUGUCCUUACGUCGUCCAGAAGCAACCAGAUUAUCGCGUGCCACAAGUUUCAACAAGAAAAAUGUAAAAGACUUCUUUGAUAACCUGGAGAAAGUAAUGAAGGAACAUAAUUUCAGUCCAACUGACAUAUACAAUUCAGAUGAAACUGGGUGCACAACCGUUCAGAAAGUUGGAAACACUAAAGUAGUUGCUUGUACAAGUGAAAAACAAGUUGGCAAAAUCACUUCGGGAGAAAGAGGAACAUUAGUAACAAUGCUUGGCACAAUAAAUGCUGCUGGGAAUUCAGUACCGCCAUUCUUGGUAUUUCCUCGUGUGCAUUUCAAACAAUCCAUGCUAUAUGGAGCUCCGCCUGGAACUGUUGGUGUAGCAAAUCCAUCAGGAUGGAUGACCUCAGAGAACUUUACUGUAUAUAUGCAACACUUUAUUAAGGCAACCAAAUGCUCGAAAGAGCGUCCUGUUCUGUUGAUAUUAGAUAAUCAUGAAUCUCAUAUAUCAAUUGAAACAAUUGUCCUUGCCAAGGAUAAUGGUGUUACUAUGUUAACACUUCCGCCUCACUGUAGUCACAAAAUGCAGCCCCUAGACCGUUCUGUGUAUGGUCCUUUCAAGAGCCUCUACACCAAGGCAGCAAAUGAUUUUAUGAUAAGUCACCCUGGCCAGCCAAUCACAAUUCAUAAUGUAAGUCAGAUUAUCGGCAAAGCUUACCCACUGGCAUUUACUCCAAGGAAUAUCAAUUCCGGAUUCAAAGUAUCUGGUAUCCAUCCUUUUGACGCCAACAUCUUCAGUGAUGAAGAUUUCAUGUGCUCAUACGUAACAGAUAGGCCAAUAACUGAAAACGUGAAAGACAUUGAAGGAACCAUCGUUGAUCAUGUUGUUUCAGCUUCCUCAUCAGUUAACCCUAAUGUGUCAACUUCCACAAAUGUUGAACCUGUUGCAUCAACAUCUACCAACACUGAUCUUGUUGCAUCAAUUUCGACAAGCGUUGAUUUUGCUCCGUCAGCUUCCGCCAACGUUGAUCCUGUGACUUCUCCCCAUGCCAACACUCUAGCAGCAAAUUUAAUCAGUUCUGAUUCUGGUUCAAUGUCGUCUGAAAAUAGGAUAUCUAGAGAAAAAAUACAGGCAGUUGUUUUACCAGAAGAAAUAAGUCCCUUUCCAAAGGCGCCACCAAGGAAAGGUAGAGGAGGUCAAAAGAAAGGAAAAACUCUAAUUCUUACGGACACACCAAAAGAUAGUCAAGGUGAUUCAAGUUCAGAAGAGGAAGUUAACGAAAAAAACAUUUGUGACGAUGACGAUGAUUCCUUUGAAUAUGAUGAAUCUGCUGAGGAAGAGGAAAUAGUACCGCCUGAUGCUGAUUCUCUCGUCCCUGAGGAUUUUGUCAUAGUACAAUUUCUUACCAAAAAGACGAAAGUUAUUUAUAUAGGACAAAUAAUAGGCUGCAAUGGAGACAUUGAUGAUAUUGGUGAAAAAACCUUUAACAUUAAGUUUAUGAGACGUAAUUCCUCAUCAUACAAAUUUGUCUUUCCAACAGUUGAUGACAUAUCUGAUAUUGCAUUUACUGAUAUCAUUGGAAAGCUGCCACAGCCUCUUCAGCAUGGUGGCACUGCUCGUGUUGCCCGUCAUUUAAUAUUCCCAGUGGAUUUUUAUGCCUAUUCAAAAUUUCUUCGGUAA